AUGGAGGCUGUUGCUGGAGUUGCGUCAAUCGUUGGCAUCGUUGGCUUCACAGGACAAGCCAUACUGGGGCUGUUGAAGCUGAAAACACUCAUUAGCGAUGCUGCUACUGCCAAAGACACCAUCAACAAUGUUCUUGAGGGCUACAAAACCCCUACGGUUCUCGAACUUGGCGCCCUCAAAUACCAGAUUGUUUCAUGUACUAUAGACGUCGAUAAAUGGGUCAUGGCUGCUCAGAAAAUUGAUCCGAAAUCUCGAAAAGGAUUCAAGGCAUUUCUGCGCAAAAUUAAGGUCGCCACAGGCAAAGAGGAUUUCCAAUCACUGGCUCAGUCAAUCUCUAACCACCAACAACGCAUUGGCAUCGCUGUCUCUAUUCUUGGUCGUACGCUAGAUAUCCUCGGCAUUCAUUCCUUAAACAGUGUCAGCAAAGGCUUGGGCGGUUUAACAGAAGCACAUCUGAAACUGAGCAAUAUGAUUAACUUAGGUCUCAAUGCAAACUCGAAUUCUCAUCCAACCGAAGAGAGCAUCGUCGGGCGGCUCCUUUCCCAGCUUAAAUCUGACACGGAAGCUUCUAGCGAAGCCUCCCGUGCAAGCCUGCAGAGCAUACAGGACAGUAUCUCAAGCAUCGCUUCGGAUGUGGCGAAUCUUGUCUCUAACUCGCCUACGGAUGAGAAGGGGCUUUUCGGUACUGGGACAGGAGCAUCCGAUAUAUCUGGCAGUGCUCUUCUUUGGAGUUGUGACUCGGUUUCUGGCAUUGAGGACGCAUUCGUGCAUCAUGUAUGCAUCUACUGCUCGUCGUCUUUCCAACAUAUUUUGAGCUGGAAGGAUCGAGGUAGACAUCUUGUGCAGUUUCAUGGAUUCGGCUGUUGUAAUCUGGCUAUACAGUUCUCGACUUGGGCCGAGAUGGAAGCGCAUAUAACAGGAUUCCACGACGGUAAUAUCAUCGGGGACCCGGUGGUUAGGUCAAAGUUUUUAUGUCCACGAAGGACCGCGCCUCGCUUCCAGAGAACCAUUGAGGACACUACAGAGUUUGUAAGAACGCUCGAAGAGCGUUCCACAGCCCCCUUGCUUCUGUCAGCACACUUCACCACUGGCAUGGCUGAUCUCGAAAUCUUGGACAAAGUGUUGCAUAUGUUAGAUACAUGUCACUCAAAUGGCCACCAAGAUUACCCAAUUCUGUUAGUGGAACUCAAAGACUUGUUACUUCAGGGAAAGUUCGAUUCUUUUGUCGCUCCUCUGUGGCAUAUCCGGUAUCAAAUGGCUCCUCUAGUUGAGGAUAUGAUCAUCCAAGAAAUUGGAAUGAUUCGCUACCAUGCGCUUGCUUCACUACCUUCGCGAGUACGGAGCAGGGUAGGAGAUAUUCUACCUGUUCUGCUUAAGGCCAUCGAACAGUCGGAAUUCGAAAAUCAUCUGCUCCCCUUUUUCGUUUCCGUCGAGUGGAAGACAAGCGUAAGCGAGAGAUUUGACAAUAACAAUCGGGUUAACAAUUGGCUCCUGGAUGUUCUGAAAUAUUCCAGUAACACAAGAACUUUUGUUGCAAAUCAUCUAGGAUUGAAUAUUGCGAAUAUCUCGGAAAUGCUAACAUGGCUAUCCUCAGUUGUACACUCAUGGUUGGAUGAUGAUAUCGGUAUUGAAGAUUGCGAACCCCAUAAACUGUCCGACGAAGCUCUAGACAGUCGAGACAGUAUCCUGAACCCUUCAUUGGAUCGCAAUACGAAACCGACCAAAGGAUAUCUUGAGACGUUCGAUUUUCAACGUGGAACUAGGCCAAGUCGAGAUGAUAGUAUCACCUCGAGUUUAAGCGGCUGCUCUCUGAAAAGCGAAAUAGCGGCGAAAAGAAAUCCAGGAGGCAGGCGGCAAGAAUCUAUUUACGGCGGAUCAUCUAUGGGCAGUAUCGACUCCAUAGUUGCCGAGCAUAGACCGUGCAAGAGGGCUAGAACUGAGGAAUAUACUCCGGGGUCCAUCUAUGAACAGUACUACUCACUCGAGUGA